UUGACCUCCUCGAAUUCAAAUCCGCCCACUCUCAUCUCCCUCUUCACCCAACGUCUCGUUCUCCCGUCGCUAGGGUUCGGUCUCGCCGUCGUCUCCAUCGUCAUGAAGGCCUUCGGGAGCCCAAGGACCGGUAGAGUUUCGCCCUCUGAAGCCCUUACUCCUUCGUCGCAGAAGCAGCGGCCUCCUCGAAUCCCCAAGGAGAACGUCGACCCUUGCCCCGCGCCGUCGGAUCGGUCUCCGUUUAGGUCCCCCGCCAACUCCGGAAAGCCACUCUCAGCCAAGAACCGUAGCCUGCUCCCCCCUCGCCCGCCGAUUUCCUCCAAACCCGGCGCCAACCCUCUCAAGAGGAAGCUCAGCUCGGAGACCCCAGCUGAGAAUGGGGUUUCCCCCUCGUCAGCCUCGGAUUCUGGCGUCCAGGUGAUAGUGAGGAUGCGACCUCCAGACAAGGUGGAAGAGGAAGCCGAUCUGAUUGUGGAAAAAGUCUCUGAAAAUUCUGUCACUGUCUUUGAUCACAACUUCACCUUCGAUUCAGUAGUUGACAUCAGAUCCACGCAGGAAGAUAUGUUUCAACUUGUUGGGCUUCCAUUGGUCGAGACCUGCUUGGCUGGGUUCAACAGCUCAAUAUUUGCGUACGGGCAGACUGGAAGUGGAAAAACAUAUACUAUGUGGGGGCCUCCCAGUGCAUUGUCAGACUAUGCUUCAUCUAGCAUUGAUAAAGGUUUGACACCCCGUGUCUUCGAGAGGCUGUUUUCUCGCAUUGAUGAAGAACGAUCAAAGCACUCUGAUAAACAGCUGAAUUACCAGUGUCGUUGCUCAUUUUUGGAGAUCUACAAUGAGCAAAUCACAGAUCUUUUGGAGCCAACUCGAAGGAAUCUUCAGAUCAGGGAAGAUGUUAAAACUGGUGUUUAUGUUGAUUUCUUGACGGAAGAGUAUGUAUCUACUAUAAACGAUGUAAAUCAGCUAUUGAUGAAGGGGCUUGCAAACAGGAGGAUAGGUGCAACACGUAUAAAUAUGGAAAGCUCCCGAUCACAUUGUGUGUUUACUUGCAUCAUCGAGUCCCAUUCAAAGAGCACUGUGGAUGGUUUAAUCAGCAUAAAGACUAGCAGAAUAAACCUUGUCGAUUUGGCUGGGUCUGAAAGGCAAAAGCAAACUCGGGCAGCAGGGGAACAAUUAAAGGAGGCUAGCAACAUUAAUCGCUCCCUAUCGCAACUUGGGAAUUUGAUUAAUAUUCUUGCUGAAGUCUCAAAGUCAUGGAAACAAAGGCACAUCCCAUACCGUGAUUCAAAACUAACAUUUCUGUUGCAGGAAUCUCUUGGUGGAAAUGCAAAGCUAGCCAUGAUAUGUGCUAUUUCACCAUUAAGAAGCUGUAAGAAUGAAACUUUAAGCACAUUGAGGUUUGCCCAGCGUGCAAAAUCAAUAAAGAACAAAGCAGUUGUUAAUGAAGUAAUGCAGGACGAUGUUAAUGUUCUCCGUGAGCAGAUACGCCUAUUAAAGGAUGAACUCCUACGAAUGAAAUCUAAUGGAUCAUCAGACAACAAUGGGGGUUAUUCCACAGCAUGGAAUGCUCGCAGAAGUUUGCAUAUACUUAAAAUGAGCCUUGUUCGCCCAAAACCAUUACCUGUUGUCAAAGAUGACAGUGAUGAAGAAAUGGAAAUUGAUGAGAAUGAUGUUGAGAUGCUUGAUGCUCCACAGUCUGCUUCUGCACCACUAACCAUAUCAAAGGAAACCAAAUUAAGGGAAAUAGAAUUGGUCCAAGUCUCUGCAAAAUCUGAUGAAAAAACUACCUAUGCUUCCAAUACUGAUGGUCUAAACAAUCAACAGGAUGACAACUGUGUAAUAUUAAUGAAUGAUCAAAGGGUUCAAACUUUUCCAAAUGAUAAAUUGCCUACUGAAAUAAUCCAUUCCACAGACAUUGGACAAGUUAUAGUAGAAAACCAAUCUAAAAAUUCUCUCUCUCUCAGUUCCACACUAUUACCAUCUAGUCUUAGCACAGUGCCUUGCAACAUUACCCCAGUCCCUCAGGUACCUCCUUUGGGUGCUUUAGCUGUCAUUGAUGCUUGUAGCAGGAAGAGUCUUAGAACGUCAUUGUCAAUAUCAGCAUCUCCAAGGAAUACAUUGGGAAAUUCUAAAUCAACAGGAAUUACAAAUGCAUUAUCAACAGCAACGUUGUCUGCUUCAAGUUCUUCCAACUGUCAGACAAAGAAUUCUCCUAAACCAACUGAGUACUUGGCUGCAAGCCUCCAAUGUGGUCUACAAAUGAUUGAUAAGUGGCAACACAAAUCAGUCCAGAGAGACUCUUCUUUCACUGUCAGGCCUACAGAUGACAGGCAAAUUAUUCAAAUAAACAAGGUUGACAUUGGAACACAGACGCCACUACAAGAUUCACAAGAACUGGAACUAUCUAUUAUGUGCAAUUACUGUCAGAAAGUUUCAGGAGUUGAAAGUGCUAAUGUGAACAGGAGCAGGGAUAUGCAGCUGGUGCUUGCUGAUGGAUUAACAGCAAAUGAUAAGCAUAAUAGUCAUGUUCCAAAAGCCGUGGAACAAGUGUUGGCGGGAUCCAUCAGGCGUGAAAUGGCACUUGAAGAUCUCACUACUGAGCAAGCUGCUGAAAUAGCACAGCUGAAACUAUUGGCCCAACAGUACAAAUAUGAACGAGAUUGCAAUGCAAUGAUUGUUCAAACUCGUGAGGAUAAAAUUGCCCGUCUAGAGAGUCUGAUGGAUGGCCUUCUUCCAACAGAAGAGUUUAUGCAGGGAGAGUUCAUUGCACUUGAGAACGAACAUAAGCUUCUGAAAGAGAAAUAUGAGAAUCAUUCAGAAAUUUUACAGUUAAAUAUCAAAUUGAAAAAGGUCCAAGAUGAACUUGAUGGCUAUAGAAACUUUUUUGAAAUGAGUGAAAGGGAUGUUCUCAUGGAAGAGAUUCAGGACUUAAGAAGUCAAUUGCUGUAUUACAUAGACCCCACUUGUUCUGAAUCAACACAAAAACAAAGUUCUUUGCUUCGGCUAACUCAUCAGGGAAGAACUAUAGUUCCUCUCAGCACAUUCUCAGAGUUUGGUGAAAGUGAUGUUGAUAAUAAGGAGAGUAAGUAUUCUCUUGUUGAAGAACUUAGGUUUGAACUUGAAGGGAGUCGCCAUUUGGCUAAAAAACUGAAACAAGAACUUGAUUCUGAGAAAAAAUGCACUGAAGAGCUUAAAGACGCACUGCAAACAGCGAUGCAGAGUCAUACUCGAAUACUAGAGCAGUACGCAGAUCUUCAGGAGAAGCACACUACCCUGCUUUCAUGGAAUCGGGAAAUCAAUGAUGGCAUUGACGAUGUUAUGGAAGCAGCAACUGAAGCUGGGAUUAGGGGAGCAGAAUUAAAAUUUAUUAGCUCUCUUGCAUCUGAAAUUUCAGUCUUGAAAGCAGAAAGGGAAAGGGUAAAACAAAAAUGGCAAGACAAAAACAGAGCCCUUGAAUCCCAACUCGCUGACACUGUUGAUGCGCUAGAGGCUGCUGGAGAAGUACUUGUACGGCUAAAAGAGGCAGAGGAAGCUGCUGCAGUUGCAGAGAGAAGAGCACUGUUGGCAGAGAAAGAGACUGAAAAGAUGAACCAAGAGAUAGAGCGGUUGAAGAAGAAUCUUGACAUAAUAACUCCUCCAGUGAAUUGCACAACUGAGGAGUCAAAUUUUGAUCAUACUGAAACUGGUGGUUCCAAAGAGGCUGACUCUGAUUAUACUGAAUCUGAUGGCUCUGAAAAGGCCAAAUUUGAUGCAGGAAAGGGCACUCACCCAUUGGCGCAGGAGUUUGAACCUUUCUGCAAGAGAGGAGACACUGAAUUAUCCAUAGACACGGACCCUACCUCAUGGUUCUCUGAUUACGAUCGCUGCAAUAUGUAAGAAUUCUAAGGACAUGAAUACAUUUGUAUCGUGAAAACAUGUUGUAUACCACCAGAAAUGUUGGGAGUGCAAGAGUGAUAUCUCCGGUGUUCCUCAAUUUUCUUGUUCUCACCUAUUGCGAGAACCACUGUAGUCUGAAGGCAUUCCAAUUUCUGAGUAUCAUUUAUUCCUUUCA